CUGGAUGAACUUAUAACAGAGGCCACAACCACUCAGUAUAGGCCUUCCCUCACACCCCCUCUUCCUCCAACUCCUCCUCCUCCUCCUCCUCCUCCUUCUGGCACCCCUUUGACUUACUCCUCCUCCUCUGAUCCCCCACCAGUGUCCCCCAGCCCAGGCGUUGCCCUCCCCUCUGCCCCCCGCGACUUGGUCGCUGUCCUAGUGUCCAGCCGAUUUGUCCGUCUCAGCUGGCGCCCCCCGGAGGAGACGGGAGGCGGCGUGCAGACCUACGGCGUUUUUUAUUCCCAGGACGGAGUCGACAGGGAGAGGUCCGUGAACGUGUCGGAGCCGGAGUCUUUGGAGCUGACCGUGUCCAACCUGAGGCCGGAGGAGAGCUACAGCUUCAGGGUGGUGGCUUACAACGACAUGGGGCCGGGGGAGAGCACCCCCCCCCUCAGGAUCGCCACCAAACCUGAUCUCCAGGUCCCCAGCCGGGUGGAGUCUGUCCGAUCUGUGGCGCUGUCCCCGACGUCCAUCCAGGUGAGCUGGGACCCCCCCGGCCUCCCUAACGGCCCCGUGCUGGGCUACAGGCUGCUGUGGACAGAGAGCCCGUCCGGCAAGGAGCAGAGCGUGGAGGUGACUGGACUCAAUUACAAGAUGGACGGACUCAACAAGUUCACGGAGUAUAAGGUUCGGGUUUUGGCAAUCAACCGCUACGGACCAGGAACCGCGUCCGAGACCAUCAGCGUCACCACCCUGUCCGAUAUUCCCAGCACCCCUCCUCAGAACAUCACCUUGGAAGUGGUCCUUUCCAGGAGCAUCAAGGUGUCUUGGCAGCCGCCCCCCCGCAGCACCCAAAACGGCCUCAUCACAGCCUACAAGAUCAGAUACAGGAAGACCGGUCGCCGCGGAGACCAGGAGGCCAUCGAACCCAACAACUUCUGGUACCUGUUCACAGGUUUGGAGAAGGGCAGUCAGUACAGUUUCCAGGUGGCAGCCAUGACGGUGAACGGAACGGGCCCGGCCAGUGACUGGUUCAGUGCCGAGACGCCGGAAAACGACCUGGACGAGAGCCAAGUGCCCGACCAGCCCAGCUCCCUGCACGUCCGGCCGCUCCCCAACAGCAUCAUCAUGUCCUGGACCCCCCCGCUCAGCCCCAGCAUCCUGGUGCGGGGUUACAUCAUCGGCUACGGAGUGGGGAGCCCCUACGCCGAGACCGUCCGGGUGGACAGCAAACAGAGAUACUACUCCAUAGAAAACUUAGAGCCCAGCUCGCACUAUGUGAUUUCCCUCAAGGCGUUCAACAACGCCGGGGAGGGGGUGCCCCUGUACGAGAGCGCCGUCACUCGAUCUCUGACAGACCCCAUAGACCCAUUAGAGGAUGACCUUUUUCAUCUCUUUGAUAAAUACCCCACUCCCAUGCCAGACACCAGCACUCCCAUGAUCCCCCCAGUCGGGGUCCAGGCCGUUGCUCUGUCCUCCGACUCCGUCCGGGUUUCCUGGGCAGACAACUCCAUGACCAAGAACCAGAAAUCAUCCGAGGUCCGGUACUACUCCGUCAAGUGGAAGACCAGCUUCUCUACCAGUGGAAAGUAUAAGUCUGCAGACACCACAGCUCUCAGUCACACCGUCACCGGCCUCAAACCCAACACCAUGUAUGAGUUUGCUGUCAUGGUAACCAAAGGGCGCAAGUCCAGCACCUGGAGUAUGACGGCGCACGCCACCACUUAUGAAUCAGGAGGGAGUCGCCGCGAGGCCUCACUCUCCACGGCAACAACACGACAACCGCGCACAACGACCAGAUCUAACUGCAGACUCCAACCCAAAAUGUCAAAGUAUCUCUUUCACGAGGUUCCCCAAAUCACGCUCGCCGGAUCCAUCGCCCAAUUAAGCGACCUGACGGUCAUCAGUCGUGAGGGCCGUUCUCGAGCCAUCCUGAUCAGCUGGCAGCCGCCUCUGGAGGCCAACGGCCGAAUCACCGGGUACAUCUUGUACUACACGCUGGAUAAGAACAUGCCGAUAGACGACUGGGUGAUGGAGACCAUCAGCGGUGACCGCUUGACCCACCAGGUUGUGAAUCUGAACCUUGACACUGUUUAUUACUUCAGGAUUCAGGCCAAGAAUGCCAAAGGAGUCGGCCCUCUCUCAGAGUCGAUCCUCUUCCGGACAGCCAAGGUGGAGCUUCCAGACACGAUGGCCAACGAUCAAGGUCGAGGGGGAGAACAUGCCUUCUGGCCCUCUGACACCAACCUGAUUGACAGGAGCAGCAUCAAUGAGUCUCCCAUUGGUCAGAUGCGGCCGCCUCAUGGCAGCGUCACCCCUCAGAAGAACAGCAACCUCCUGGUCAUCAUCGUGGUCUCAGUGGGGGCCGUCACGGUGGUGGUGGUGGUCAUCGUGGCGCUCAUCUGCACCCGCCGUUCCUCGGCCCAGCAAAGGAAGAAGAGAGCGAGCCACAGCGCCAGCAAGCGGAAGGGCAGCCAGAAGGACCUCCGCCCGCCCGACCUCUGGAUCCACCACGAGGAGAUGGAGAUGAAGAACAUGGAGAAAGCGCCCAGCGUGGCCCCGUCGGGCCGCGAUUCGCCCAUCCAGUCCUGCCAGGACCUCCCCCAGGUGGCCCACAGCCAAUCAGAGAGCCAGAUGGGCAGCAAGAGCAGCCACUCAGGUGCCGAUGCGGACGAGGCGUCCAGCAGCAUCUCCACUCUUGACCGCUCGCUGACCGCCAGGAGAGGAACGCGGGGUAAAAUGAUGAUUCCCAUGGACUCCACGCCGAGCAACACGCCGGUGGUCAGUGCCAUCCCGGUGCCCACUCUGGACUCCUCCCAGUAUCCCGGUAUACUGCCCUCACCGUCCUGUGGCUUCACGCACAACAAGUUCAGCCUGAGGGCCAUGCCUUUCCCCAGCCUCACCGUGGACAGAGGAUACACGCCAGGUACUGCAACCCUGACAAGCAAACGCCCAAGACAAUAG